AUGGCUCCCAGAAUCGCCAUCAUCUACUACUCUAUGUACGGCCAUGUCGCCCAACUUGCACAGGCCGAGAAGAAGGGUAUUGAAGAGGCCGGUGGCCAAGCCGAUAUCUACCAAAUCGAAGAAACCCUCCCCCAAGAGGUCCUGGGCAAGAUGCAUGCACCAGGCAUGAACAAGGACGUUCCCGUCAUCACCCCCGAUAUCUUGCUCAAGUACGACGCUUUCCUCUUCGGCGUUGCCACCCGUUAUGGCACAUAUUCCGCCCAAUGGAAGACCUUCAUCGAUAAGCUCGGCGGACAUUGGCAGACUGGGGCACUCUUUGGAAAAUACUUUGGCCUGUUCAUCAGCACUGCCACCAUGGGCGGUGGGCAAGAGACCACAGCCAUCACGGCUCUCUCGUCUUGGAUUCACCAGGGCAUGAUCUAUGUGCCUCUGGGUUAUGCCAAAGCCUUCCCUAUCAUGGCCGACCUCAGUGCGGUCCGUGGUGGUAGCCCAUGGGGCGCAGGUACAUUUGCCGCUGGUGACGGCUCCAGACAGCCCUCGAGUGCCGAAUUGGAGCUCGCUUCCAUCCAGGGCAAGUCUUUCUAUGAGCUGGUCAGCAAGGUCAGCUUCGCGUGA